AUGGCGGGCGGUAGCUACGGCCGAGGGCUGUGCUGCCCUAUGUUUCGGAAGAGGCUAAUUGUCUGUUUGCUGCUAAUGCUUGCUGGCUCACUAUGUACCAUCGGAAUCGUCACAUCUGGAUACUCCCGACUACCUCGUGAAUACCAAGUGGAAAGUCAGAUUGCAGAAAUGCAGACACAUCUUAAGUUUUUGGAAUCAUUGUACAGGGCGAGACAGGAGGACAUUUUGAACUUACAGCACCAAAUUGGAAUGACCACCGUUAACGGAUCUCAACAUGCUACGUUGGCAUUUGAUCAAAGCACUGUUGCUUCUGAUGUCACGGCUCUACUCAAUGUUUCCGACUCCUUAGUCUCGCAAGGACUUCACUCCAAGGAGUUGUCGCUCAUGAAGACGGUGUUCGUGUUCCAACUGCUGCCGCACCUGAUGAACGACCCGGGUAGUCUUCGUCCAGCCUUCCACAUGAGCGGGAACCGGGGAUUCGUCAAUAACGUCAUCGGUAUACCCACUGUGAAACGCGACAAGGAAUCCUACCUUAUGAUUACUCUGUCGCAUCUGAUAGACGGGUUGACUGAGGAAGACAUGGGCGAUACCUUGAUCAUCGUGUUUGUUGGUGAAAGCGAUCUAGACUUUGUUAUCCAAACCGCAAAGGAGAUCGAAGCUAAAUUUUCGAAGCACGUCCGCAGUGGUCUUAUCGAGUUGCUGUCACCAUCUGCGUCAUAUUACCCGGACUUUGAAACGGUUCCGUUGACUCUCGGUGACUCCGGUAAGCGUGUCAAGUGGCGCACCAAGCAAAACUUGGACACCCUGUAUCUCAUGGCGUAUGGACAAACCAGGGGCACCUACUACCUUAUGAUCGAGGACGACGUCAUUGCCAAGAAAACGUUCAUGAAGGAAAUAAAGCAGUACACGGCUUCAACUUCAGUGACUGUGCCGAACUGGUUUUACAUCGAGUAUUGCAACGUGGGGGGGAUCGGCAAACUCUUCAAGUCUUCUGACCUCAUCCACUUCAUCACAUACGUCCAACUCUUCUACUACAACAUGCCCAUCGAUUGGCUGCUGGAGAGCUACCUCGCUGACCGCGUUUGCACCGUCGACAAGACGAGCGCAAAUUGUGGCAAGAACAAAUUGCUUAUCCGCCCCAAAUACAAGGAUUCUCUGUUCCAACACAUUGGCCUAUAUUCGUCUUUGAAGGGGAAAAUACAGAAAGAUCCCAAGUUAUCGAGCGGAAUGCCAAAUCAUUUUCCCCACAAAAAUCCACCAGCCAGGAGGGUCUGGACUGAAAUAGAGACUCAGGCUGAACACAAAUUGGAAGCUGCGUAUAGGGGGGAUGGAUUUUUCUGGGGCAUUAAUCCAAAAGUGGGAGCUACCAUUGAAUUCUGGUUCGAAAACCCAAUAGAUCUGGCAAGUUACACGUUCCGCUCCGGCAACGGUCAACACCCGAAUGACAAGAUCAAGGACACGGUAGUCGAAAUAUACACUCACACCACGAAGACUUUCGUCGUGGUCGAUUCGUUUGAUGAAUUCGGACUUGCUGAUGGCGCUAUUAAGAGAGACUACUUCCCAAUUGAAGGUAUCAGGCUGCGUGUGAUCAAGGACAUCCCCCAUUGGAUUGUACUUAGCGAGAUUGACCUCAAGACAUCUGACAAGGUCGGGCAGGAAUGA